CAACCCGAAAUUUCGUGCCUCUCUGGUUGUUAGUAGCGAAUCGGCUCUGUGAUGCAUAUCCCCUCCGAUAUACGACAUUUUAAUUAUACGUGAUCUUGAAAGCCCUCAAUAACAAGUCGAAGUUAGCUUUUCUGAAGCCGGCACAGGCCCACGCGAAUUUGGGCAUCGUUGCGCUGGGCAGGUUGGAUAAGUCACGGCUGGGUUAUAGGCGGAUAUAAGACAAGGACGUCGUGAUGGUUCACUCAAGGCUCUUACGGCCACUCGUGGUCGUCUCUGGCUUGACUUCGUUAUCCCUCGCCGCUUUCCAACAAGUUAGCAACGACCAAUGCAACUGCUUCCUCACAAAUGGAAGCAGGGCAGAUUACUUCACGAGCCAUAAAUUCUUUGACUAUCGGGAGAAAUCUGAGUAUGCUACAGUACCAGCCCUCAUCGGUGAUCCCGAUGAUAGUAGCGAAGCCGACCCAGCUAGCGACUAUUUCUCCUCCAAUGAAUGGAUUGAUAAUUGGACUUUACAAAAUUGGGAUAACAAAGCUUCACUAUCCAACGGUGUGAGCGAUGCGACGACCCUAAUGGUUAAUUCACCCAACAAUGUCUAUCUUGAGAAGAAUAACGAUCCGGAUGCCGACUCAAGUACAUUCCUAACAAUGAGAACAGCGCGCUUAGAAGACUUUCAGACGGCAUCCGAGUUUGAGUCCACGGUUCGAAACUAUCAUUUCUUGUCGGCCAGAAUGUAUGCGAGGACGAUUGGUGCGCCAGGUGCGGUAACCGCAAUAUUUACCUACAGAGAUAUGGCCAACACUACCGAUCCCACCAAGGUCCAGGAAUCAGAUCUAGAAAUCCGAACAAUCGAUCCUCCUGAUCAUGUCCAAUACACAAACCAGCCGUCAUAUACUUCUAUGGGCCUCGAUGUACAGGAAGCCACCCGGAACGUUACGAUCCCGAAGAAGAGAGACUGGACAAACUGGGCGGUGUAUCGGAUGGAUUGGAGCCCGGGAGCUACGACUUGGUACAUUAACGGUGACGAAGUCGCCUCGAUCUCCUUCCAGGCACCCCGCGAUCCUAGUCUUCUCAUUCUUAACUCGUGGUCAGACGGCGGAUCCUGGUCAGGAAAUAUGAGUGUGGGGAAGGAGGCUUACCUUCAGAUCCAAUGGAUUGAACUCGUCUACAACGCGACCGGUCCUUCAACAUCGAAGAGAGACGACCAGUCCUGUGUUAACAUCUGCAGCAUCGACGAGACGGAAAAGAUAGGUGCCCCAGUGCUACUACAAGGCAGUGCUUCAAGCCUCCUGGGGCAGAUGGGAAGUUUUGCCGGUCUGGUCUCGUGGGUCUCUGUAUUAUCUACGGUUAUAGCUUUCUGGUAGAUGUCAUCUGGAAUAGGGGGUUAAAAAAAAACAUCGGGCCUUGAGAAUGUCUCUAUUAGUAUACUGGAGAUAUCAUUCGCUCUUAAAGUAUAGAACUCUAAUGACUUAUUACUCGUCAAAAUACACAGCGAAUGUUCACAGCUCUCCUCUCGGAACGGCAAUUCCUAAAUAAUCUAAGAUCCUAAUUUCCUG